GCGAGAAGCAGAUAAAAAGCGGAAAAAACGUGGACAAUCUUUGUGAAGGUCAUUGCAAACCCGAGAAAGGAAUAUGGCGUACAAUGGACUGUCGCAGCAUGUCGAUUUCCUGAGGCUGCCCAACCCAAGCGAACGCUUCGAGCUGCUGGAUUUGAUCGGCGAAGGAACCUAUGGCGAGGUGUACAGCGCAAAGGAUAAGCAGAGCGGCCGGAAGUAUGCCGUAAAGAUACUGGAAACGAUUGCCGACAACAUCGAAGAGAUUGAAGAAGAGUAUUUGGUUCUGCGAGACCUAUCGAAACACCCGAACAUACCGGACUUUGCUGGUCUUUUCCUGAAACGAGGUGCAACCGUCGAAGAUGAUCAACUAUGGUUUGUGCUCGAGCUAUGCACUGGUGGAUCGGUUACCGAUUUGGUCCAGGGUCUACGCAAUCGAGGAUCACGGCUGAGCAACAAUCAGAUUGCGUAUAUUCUACGGGAGACGGUAAGCGCGUUGGUGUUUUUACACGAGAAUCACUGUAUGCACCGGGACAUCAAGGGGCAUAACAUUCUGCUGACCGAAAAUGGCCACGUCAAGCUGGUUGAUUUCGGCGUGAGCUCACAUUUAGCCGCUACGAUGGCUCGACGAAACACUAGCGUCGGAACACCGUAUUGGAUGGCCCCAGAGGUGAUUGCUUGUGAGCAGCAGCUGGAUCAGUCUUAUGAUUCACGAUGCGAUGUCUGGUCAGUCGGUAUAACGGCUAUCGAACUCGCCGAAGGCGAUCCUCCGUUGUGUGAACUACACCCGAUGAGGGCGCUGUUCCAAAUCCCAAGAAAUCCUCCUCCUAAGUUGAGUCAUCCAGAGUUGUACUCGGCGAUGUUGUCGGAUUUUAUAUCCGAAUGCUUGGUGAAAGAUCUGGAGCAGAGGCCUUUUGCGAAAGAGUUAAUAACGCAUCCGUUUCUGAAAGCCGUUGGACCUUACGUAGAUCAAGUGCGACAAGACUUGAAGUCCGAAAUUCAUAAACAACGGUCAGAUGGUAGGACUUCGCGACAGGCAGAGGCCACUACGAAGUAUGGAAAGUUGAAGUCCGAUCGAAAGUCAAAACCGCAGAAGAUGUACAUGGAUGAUCUGGCCGCACUGGACGUUCUAACGGAAGACACGAUCGUGGAACAGUUACAGAAACGGUUCGAAACCAACCAAAUCUACACUUACAUUGGAGACAUCCUGGUGGCGGUUAAUCCGUUUUCCCAAUUGGGUUUGUACACGACCUACCACCAGAAAAAAUACUCCGGCAAAACGAGAUCGGAUAAUCCGCCUCACAUUUUUGCCGUAGCAGACGCCGCUCACCAGGCUCUGGUUCAUCAGAAGCAGAAUCAGGCGAUUGUCAUUUCCGGCGAGAGCGGCUCUGGAAAAACGGAAAGCGCCAAUCUCUUGUUGAAACAGCUGGUUUACCUGGGCAAAGCAGUUACCAAAAACUUGGAGGAACGAAUCCUUCAGGUUAACCCGAUUAUGGAAGCCUUUGGCAACGCCAGAACUGGAAUAAAUUCCAACAGUUCUCGCUUUGGAAAGUAUCUGGAGCUGACCAUGGCUCGCAGUGGAAAGGUGAAUGGAGCUAGAAUUUUUGUUUAUCUGCUGGAGCAAAGCCGAGUUGUCAAACAGGCCGAAGGGGAAGGAAACUUCCACGUUUUCUACUACAUGUACGACGGAUUACAGUCGGAGAAGCGCUUGGAAGAAUACUAUCUUCAUCCGUCCUAUCGGAAGACUCAUCGUUACCUACAGGAAACUACAACGUUACCGAAGACCAACGUUGAUCGUUGGAAGCAGUUGCUGGCUAGUUUUAAAGUGCUUGGCUUUCGCGACGACGAAGUGGACAUGGUGAACCGGGUGCUGGCAGCCAUUUUAAAUCUGGGCGACAUGGAGUUCGGCGAGGUCGAUUCCAACGACAACACCGACAGCAAGGCAAGGGUGAUUGAUGUCGCUCCGAUGCACCGGGUGUCCAAGCUGCUCGGUGUGGAGGCUACGGAUUUGUUGGAAGCCUUGACUUCCAAUUCGGUUGUAACGCGAGGAGAAACAAUAACGCGUCACAACAAUGUCGCAGAGGCGUGCACUGCCAGGGACGCUAUGGCGAAGGGUUUGUAUGGUCGGUUGUUCGAUUGGAUGGUCAACCAGAUCAAUCUGCUGUUGGUUCAUAAUCGACCGAAUAACGCUCCUGAACAGUUGGCAGUGGGACUUCUGGAUAUCUUUGGAUUUGAAAAUUUUCCCAAAAACUCCUUCGAACAGCUGUGUAUUAACAUCGCCAACGAACAAAUACAAUACUACUUCAACCAGCACAUUUUCACCUGGGAGCAACAGGAAUACAUGGCUGAGGGGAUCCCGGUUGAUAUGGUGGAGUUCGCCGAUAAUCGUCCCGUGCUGGAUAUGCUGCUAAGUCGGCCUCUUGGUUUGCUAGCACUGUUGGACGAAGAAUCGCGAUUUCCAAGAUCGAACGAUCGUUCGCUAAUCGAAAAGUUCCACAACAACGUCAAAUCGAAGUUCUACCAACGCCCGAAGUCGGACGCCGUUUGUUUCGCGAUUCACCACUUCGCCGGGCGGGUCGUCUACCAGGCGGAUGGUUUCUUGGAGAAGAACCGCAACUUCCUACCGGCCGAGAUCAUUCAGCUAAUCCGCCAGAGUCAGUACGACAUGAUUCGCUUCCUGUUCCAGUGCCCGAUCACCAAGACGGGCAAUUUGUACUCGGCUAUCCAGGAUACCGGAUCGCGACAGAACGUGUCCAACUUUAUCAAGGUUGAUACGAAGGAAAAGUUCAACUCCCGUGGCCUGGCAUCGCAGUCAAGGGCUCAGCAAACGGUGGCAACCUACUUCCGCUAUUCGCUGAUGGAUCUGCUGCAGAAGAUGGUUACCGGGGCACCGCAGUUCAUUCGUUGCAUCAAACCGAACGAUAUGAAAGCGGCUAAAAGCUUCGAACCGACCAAGGUUCUGAAGCAGCUGCGCUACACCGGAGUGCUCGAGACGAUCCGCAUCCGACAGCAUGGGUUCAGCCAUCGGUUGGCAUUUGCUGAGUUUUUGAAGAGAUACUACUUCCUCGGCUACGGAUUCGAGGAACGCGUCGUCGCUAGCCGGGAUUCAUGUCGUUUACUUUUAGUUCGUCUAAAAAUGGAUGGAUGGGCACUCGGGAAAUCCAAGGUGUUCCUCAAGUAUUACCACAUUGAGUAUCUAUCGAAGCUUUAUGAGGAGCACGUUCGUAAAAUUGUACUGGUGCAGGCUUGCGUUCGUCGCUGGUUGGCAAAAGCCCGUGUUAAACGAGAGAAAAUGCAGCGAGUGGCUCUCUGUGCCGUUACUUUGCAGAGACACGUUCGCGGUUGGUUGACCAGACGUCGUAUGAAAAUGCUACGUGAGAAACAGGAGAAGGAGCGUCUGGAACAGGAGCGACUUGAAAAGGAACGCAUUGCGCGAGAAAAGAAGAACAAUGAGCAAAACAAAGCCAGACAAGCGAAGGCUAAGUUAAUCCAUCAGAUGCCGAACAACGAGUUGAUCAAACCCUCGGAGAAACAGACAGCGGAUGGAAACAACAAGGAAAAUGAAAAAGCGGCGAUUGUAAUCCAAAGCUACUACCGCGGCUACACAAUUCGCAAGCUAAAACUAACCCCCGAACUGGAAGCCAAAACCAAAUACAUCCUAGGAAUAGCUCGCAACCGUGUGGAAGCUCAACGCAUGAUGCAGAAGGAGGGCUUCUCGAAGGAAGACGCUGCUCGCAUAAUUCAACGCUACUAUCGCACCCACAAGAGCAAGAAGAAGGGUCCGGCCCCGCAGCCGGGCAAACCUCUCUCCACCAAAGAUCAGCAGAUGAAUUUGAUCUCUUUCUCGCAGAACGUACACAUGCUAAACCAGGAGGUUCACAAGAAUCUACGGUCGAACAAAAGCGGAGUUCCACUGGAUGCCAUAGAAAAGCUACCCAGCGAUUACAAACGACCUCCAGGGUUCGUGCUGGUUCCUGGCCUGCUGGGAACGGUACCCGGUGGUGAAUACACCAAAUACAGCUCGUUCCGCAGUGCGGGAGACUGUGAUCAUGAGAUGACCAAGGAGCUGAUUCAGAGUCCAGUCACUUCCAGCGAUUUUGAAGAGAUCUCCCCGUGGGACAUGCCGUUCUACGAACUGGAACGAAAUCUCCGUUCGCAAAGACAACGGAACCUGCAACAGCAGCAGCAGCAGCACCGGGUCGAUAUCAACCGUAACGAGAUCCUCGGCGACCGAAUGGUGGAGCUAAGUGAACGCAAACAGCAGCUUUCCAACAACUGGCACCAUGUUAUUCAGGCCACCGAAACCACACAGGACCAUAAAUUCAAGGGAAUGGUCAGAUCGAACAGCAACCACCAGGAGCCGGCUCCAAUCCGGCAUAUUCCCGCCUUCAGCUAUCUCAAUCCGAACGGUCACCAGAUCCUGCGCUACUCUCCGAACAACGUCGAUCAGCACGACGGCAGUGGACACCGCUAUCAUGAUAUGCCUUCUCAUCACCUUCAACAGCAGCAACAGCAACACCAACAGGAGCAAACGCUACAAAACGGCCACGGUAAGGGCAAGAAGCAAAGCUCUAAAAACGAGUACAAGAUCAAGGAAAAAGAAAACAAAGAGCGCAAGAAGAAAGAAAAGAAAGCCAAGAAAGAAAAGGACAAAUCAUCAUCCUCCACUUCGGGAGCUUCUUCCGGGGUGAACAGCUCGGUGGAGAAGAUGCGAAAAGAACCGAAGAAGAAACCACCGAUGCCGUUCCCUCAGCCUCAACAACAGCAGCAACAGCAGCAGCAACAACAACAACGGAUGAUCGAGCAGCACGAUUAUCAAAACAUUUCGGAGGAAACCAAAAUCGACAGCAAUAGUCCGGUUAUGAGGAUGUUUGGUGACACCAACUUCUUGUUGAAUCAUCGCCGCAAAAUGGACGCCAAAGGUCCGAAGGAAAGCAACCUCAGCUGCGGACAGGGUGUGUGCGAACUCAUGAACGGCGUGUACCGUUUCAGUCCACAUGUGACGUCGUUUGCGGAGAUCGAAUCCGGCAAAUGCAGUCACCGUUCGCAUCCGUCCACACUGGAUUCGAAGGAAUACCAAAACUUUAAUGUUUCCAAGUAUCUGAACAUUGAUGUUAAGACGCCGAAUUUGCGAACCGUCAAGAAUCACAUCAGCUCGAACAGUAGCUGCCUGAGCACUGGAAGCAGUGGCUCCAACUCGUUAAAUUCGUUCGAUUCGGUUGAACAGGCGAUUAUCUUUCAGAAAAACAAAAACGCCGACUCGUACCUGGGACCGUUCAACUUUCGUCAGCUGCUGCGACCGACCCAGGGACCGACGGAAUCGCUCCGGAAGCGCAAAGGAAUCAAUCCGCCGUCGCCGCCGCCACCGCAGCGCGGGAAGAGCUGA